CUUCAUCUUCAUCCUCGGCAAGGUCUCCAUUCACUGAGCUGCGGGUGAGAGCGCUGUGUAGCUGCCAGGCUUUGUGCUCCACACACAGCUGCGCUGCUCGGACAGAUCAGGAUACAAAUGAUCAGAUCCUGUGCCUCUUCCUCAGGCAGGUAGGCAGGCUCAGUGGCUAAAUUCACGCCGGGAUUUAACUGACACCCAGCCCACACAGCGUCGGCCAGCACCGCUGCAUGCGUGUGUGUGUGUGCGGGUGUGUGUGUGUGUGUGUGCGUGUGUGUGAAAAUGCCUCCGUGCGGAAUGGCAGCGCGCGCGGAGGAGCCACGGCUCCGGCACUGAUGGACACAUUACGGACACGGUUCAUUUAAUACCGACACCAGAAGGCCACUCACACCAAACAGGAGAAGAAAUCGGGUUAAAUCUGCAUUCUGUCUCAGGAUCAUUCAAUCGGCGCGGAAGAAGAAAAAAAAUCCAACAUGGGGGAGCAGCCUAUCUACAGCACACGGGCGCAUGUCUUCCAGAUCGACCCCAAUACCAAGAAGAACUGGAUGCCCACCAGCAAGCAUGCCGUCACCGUCUCCUACUUCUAUGACAGCACCAGGAAUGUGUACAGGAUCAUCAGCCUGGACGGGUCAAAGGCUAUAAUAAACAGCACCAUCACCCCGAACAUGAGCUUCACGAAGACGUCGCAGAAGUUUGGGCAGUGGGCAGAUAGCCGCGCCAACACGGUGUACGGGUUGGGGUUCUCCUCAGAGCAUCAUCUGUCUAAGUUUGCCGACAAGUUUGCGGAGUACAAAGAAGCGGCCCGCUUAGCCAAGGAGAAGUCCCUAGAGAAGAUGGAGCUGGCGAGCUCUCCCUCUCAGGAAUCGCCUGCUGACAUUCACUCGCCUCUGACCCCUCCUGUCUCCUCUGACCUCUGCCGAGUCAACGGCACAGGCGAUGAUGUCACCUUGUCAGAUGCAUCGCCAAAUUCGGAGCUCCAAUCAGAUCUCUCCCCAACCACCCCGACCCUUGCGCACAGUCCGACUACCACCAAGCACUGGGAAGCUGAAUUGGCAGCGCUGAAGAGCAACAAUGCCAAACUAACAGCGGCGCUGCUGGAGUCCACUGCCAACGUCAAGCAGUGGAAACAACAGCUGGCUGCUUAUCAGGAGGAGGCUGAGAGGCUUCAUAAAAGGGUGUCAGAACUGGAGAGCCAAAGUAGUCAGGCUAAUGCGAUCAAGUGUCAGAAAACAGAGCUCAACAAAACCAUAGAGGAGUUGGAGGCCACACUGAAGGCUAAAGAAGAGGAAAUGGACCGUCUGAGAGAGGAAGUGGAAAAAGCAAAGCAGCUACAGUCACAGAAAGAGACGCUUGAACAGAAACUAGAGGCCACAGAUGCGAGGAACAAGGACUUGGAGGAGCAGUUAGCUGAUGUGGAGCAGCGCCUGGAGACGAGCCAGCUGGAACAGGAGAAUUUCCGCAAGAGCCUCAAAACGCUGCUGGAGAUCCUGGACAGCAAGAUCUUCGAGCUGACAGAGAUGAGGGACAACCUGGCCAAACUCAUAGAGGACAGCUAGAACAUGUUGCCUUCGCCUCUGCCUCAGAAAUCAUGGACUUGCGAGGUACAUGGUGACAAGAACGAAACGCACAGCUCUUCUGCCCAGACCUCGUCGUGUACUUUCACACUUUUAAAGCCUUCUUGACUGGAGGACUCAUAUUAUUAUAUACUCACUUAUAUGGUAAUGAUAAGCAUUCAGUUGCACUUGAAUUUGUACUUUUUAGGUGGAUAAUAUUUCUUCAGUGCCACUGCUACCUACUAGGAGUUAAUCGCCCAUAUAAUGCUCCCAUUCUUUUCUUAUUAUCAGAAUAUUAUUAGAAAUGUUUUCCUUAAUUGUACGCAGGUAGUGUAGAGAAAGUAGGCAGCCUACAAAGACGAACACUGCUGCACAUAGGCUCUUCCUUUCUAAGGUGCUGGUUUAGUGUGCCUGGUUAUUUGCGAUUAAAGGACAUCUACUAUGCUGCUGAGGACACUCGAAUCAAUCACACCCACCGGAUCGUCCGUUCCGAGCCAUAUGUUGUAGCCAGACCGUGUCGGCUUGCCUCGUCACCUUCAAGGAAACUGCCUCAAUGUUCAGUCAGAGCUUCAGGAUACUCUACCAUCGACUUCCUGACAAGAACAAAGACACCCUGGGAAGUCUGAACACUUAGAUACAGGUGUGGCAUAUUGGCCUGUAAUGUACAAUGAGCAAUAUUCAAAACAGUCUUUAUGUCACCUCAGUGUAUUUAUCAGGUAUUCCAACUCUGGACUAAUCUGUGGACUAGCGUGGUUUAGUAGAUGUACCCCCCGAUAGUUCUCCUCAGACCAAUUAUAGUGCUUUCAGAUUGUUUUGGCCUUAGAGUAUAAAUUCUGCACUGGAUAUCGAUGAGGAAACUCCUCGUUUUUUUGUUGCAUUACCAAAUGCAGUGUUCAACUUACAGUUUGAAAUCAUGUGUUAUUAUGAAAUGUAUAUGCUGAUGGAUAAGAUACAUAGAGCACUGUUAAUAUGAUUGUAUUUAUAGAUGGGAAAGUUCAAUUUUAAAAUUCCCAACAUUAAUAAAAUAUUUAAAAAUAUCCACGAAACGAUGCUUAAGUAAA